UGAAAAGGUCGACAAAGCGCUGAAAGAUGAGCCUUUUGAGUCUUCCCAUCCUUUCACGCUUGCCGCGCAAGACAUCGCUCAAAUGCGGGACAAAAUAGCACCCGAAGUCGACCACUUCUGGAAAGACCAAGAGACACAGUAUCCUGGGGCAGCGGGAGAGCCUCUCAUCCCCGAGGCGUUGACGGAUCAAAGCGGGAUGGACUUCGCUGAGCAUGUCGCGAACGUUAGUAUAGAUAGCCAACGCCUACGCUUCGCGGCACAACAGGCCCAGGCUACUCCGGCCGCCAUCUUUUAUGCAGCGUGGGCAUUGCUGCUCUCCAGCUACACAAAUUCAGACACAGUGAUCUUUGGGGCUGUCUUCUCUGGAAGAAAUCUUCCAUUCUCAUGGGCCCCGUGCAUGGUCGGGCCGCUGCUCAAUAUUCUGCCUUUGCGGUGCCGUAUUGAACGCGAGGUUGAAUCUGCCAGCUUUGUCCGUGAAAUCCACCAAACAAUUCAGGAUAUCUCUCGGUUUCAAGUUGCGGAUCGUCCGAAGAAUACCCCACCUUUUGCAAGCACUUUGACUGUGCAAGAUUCUGGUCUUCGGUCUGGGACUACUGCUAUCUCUUCACUUCGGAACCCAGAAGUCAGAGAGUCAAAUUUGCUCCCGCUCACGGUGGUAGUCGAAAAUGAUGGCCAAAUUACCUUUCUAUAUCGCACAGAUCGGUUCUCUGAAAGCCAUGUGAAGGAUAUGGCAGCCAUUUACACGAGCUUACUCGAUGCGUUUCUUGAUCCCGGAAGAAAUCUACAGGACUGUAUGAAUCGCCGGUUUCCAAUUGAAAUGAAUCGGACCAUACUGCAGACAGGAAACAUCGAUUCUGAAAUUUCACGGGUUCCUUCUGUAAACGGGGGACAUACUCUUUCCAGUCUCUUCGGUAUGGUCGCUAGUCUAUACCCCACACAUGUUGCGGUCCAAAAGGGGCCACAUUCAGUCACCUACGCUACCCUGGUUCAAUGUGCAGCUCGGGUAGCUGCAGUAGUUGAGCAAAAGACGCAACCAGGAGAAGUAGUAGCUAUCCUGGCCGAUAGAUCAAUCAACUGGAUAGUCGGCAUUAUGGGGGCCACGAUUGCCAACACAGUGUAUUGUCCGCUGGAUUCAUCAUAUCCAGCUGAGUACCGAGAAGACUUGCUUCGGCGCAGUCAUGCCAAGCUAUUCCUGGUCCCAAGCAGGUCACAACUCCCAACAGCCGAUAAUGGUGUGACAGCCAUUUCCAUCGAAGGCAUUCUGGCUAGCGAUAUCGAGCCACUUUGCCCAUGGCGAACACAAAAACCUAGCGACGGGGCGUACAUUUGCUUCACAUCGGGUUCAACAGGUGUUCCCAAAGGCGUUCUUUGCCAGCAUCAAGGGGUGGUUUCGCUGCAAUCAUGCUCCAUUGAAGGACGGCUGCAUAGUAAGCCUGGACGGCGUAUCGCUCAGUUUAUGUCAACUGGCUUUGACGUCUGCGUCCAUGAGGUUUUCGCCAGUCUUUGCUAUGGAGGCACACUCGUUCUGCGCAAGGACGACGAUGACCCCUUUUCUCAUCUGGCUGAUGUGGACGUGGUCUCUAUGAAUGCGACUGUUGCUGGCUCGCUGGAUCCUUCAGAGUAUUCUGAUUUGGACUAUGUUUACCUUGCUGGAGAGCCAAUCCCACAAAGAACAGCAGAUAAAUGGGCAGUAGAUCGAGAGCUUUACAACGCAUACGGGCCUACAGAGGCCACAAUCAUCGUUACGAGGACACGACUUGAAGCGGGUGUUCCAGUUGCUAUUGGCCAACCAUUCCCUUCUGUGAGAGCAUACAUCCUCAACGACCAUAGGGAGCUUCAGCCGCCAAACACUCUGGGCAAUCUCUUUGUUGCGGGGGUACAAGUGAGCCAUGGCUAUCUCGACCUACCUGAAGUCACCGCCAAGUCCUACUUCCCUGACCCUUUUCUUCCUGAAUCUUUUAACGAGCGCAUGUACGACACCGGUGACAUUGGAUUCUGGGACACAGACGGAAAGAUUCAGUGCUGUGGCCGUAAGGACCGUCAGGUCAAAGUACGCGGUUUCCGUAUUAAUCUCGACGGUAUCUCCAACAUGGCUACCCUCCGUAUGCCUACAAUUCGCCACGCUGCUGCUUUUGUCAAGGACGGUGGAGUUGUGCUGUGCGUGGAGCCGGAAGACGUGGACACGGGCGAGCUGCGGUCCCGAUUAAAGGAUGCUCUGCCCCCGCAUGCAAUCCCGCGAACCAUUUAUUCCAUUGCACAUAUUCCAUUAUCGUUGAAUGGAAAAAUUGAUGUCAAGAGCUUGGCUGCUAUGGAAGUUCGCAAUGGUACGGUGCCGACCAACGGGGUUAUCAAAACAACGCACCUUGAGAAGCUUAUCGCUCAAGAAUGGCAACAACUUCUCGGCCUCGAUCCAGCGCAACCACUUUCCAGGUCAGACGACUUUGUCCUUCUCGGAGGUGAUUCCAUUCGACAACUCAACUUGGCGGCACGCCUUCGCUCCGUACUUGGGCUUCCAAUCAAGGUCAAGGACAUCAUCCGGUCUUCCACAUUGGGCGAUUUGGUUAUCCUAGUUGCGCAGCAGCAAGAGCAGCAUGGAAAGAAAAAUGCACCUAACGGUGCACCUGCUCACAGUAUCGUGGAUCGACCACUGGGAUUUAAGAACCUCUCACCCCCAGAGAUGGAAUGGGCAUGUAAAUACCGCCAUUCGCAGUCGCAGUCAACCUUCAAUGUGUCUUACGUUGCACGACUCUCGCCAGCAGUUGACUGGCAACGUCUCGCGAGCGCCUUCGAAACGGUCCUCAAUCGCCAUCGCGUGUUGAGAUCGCGAUUUGCUGUGAGAAGGGAUGGAAGUAACGAACGUGUAUUGUCUGAAUACCCAAUCAGCGUAAAACGGACAGUGCAUGAUGUCAACAUCCAAGAGGUGAUUAACCAGCCUUUUGAAAUCGACAGCAGUGAGGCCCUUAUCCACACGAUUGUAUCGCCAUCGACACUGGUUCUGUGUAUUUCGCAUAUCCUAUGUGAUCUAACAUCUAUCAACACGUUGCUAUAUGAGGUUGCAGAUACCUAUCAUGGAUUGACCUUAUCUCCGGUGGUGCGUGAGUAUUUUGAUGUCACAUGGCACCACACGGUCGACCAGGAGAAGCAACGGUUUUGGGCAGAGUACCUAGAAGGCCUCAGCUUCAAAAAGCCCAAUUUAGCCAGUCAAAUUCGCGAACCACGCUCAUACAGAGGAACCUCACGAACGACGAGUCUGUCCGAUAGUCUGUAUCGUCGCCUUAUCAUAUCCUCGACAAAGAACGGUUUCACUUUCCACCAAUUCGGCAUGGCUGUUGCUGGUCUCGUGUUGCAUUUUCUGACUGGUCGAGACGACAUUGUCCUUGGUUCCCCAUUUGUCAAUCGCCCUUCGUUCGAGGACCGACAGGUAAUAGGCUUAUUCCUGGAGCCGCUACCCGUCCGCAUCUCCGUGAAACACCAGAACGAAAAUAAUGGCGGGCCCGACGCUCGUGAGUUCGUGCAAAGCGUCCGACAAUCCUCACAAUCGGCGCUGGCACACAGCGUACCCUGGUCGGAAUUGAUGUCCCAUUUGGGGCUCCCUUUCCCCUCCGCACAGCCUCAGCUCUUUUCCUGUUGCGUCACUUUCCACGACGACCGCGGAACAGAGCCACCUCUGGCGAUACAAGGCGUGGAAGGACAGUACGUUUCAGCGGAGGGAGCGAAAUUCCCCUUGUUGUUCGAGUGGCAGGCCACCAGAGCUAGUGAGCAUGAGCAACUCACUGUGCGCCUUGAAUAUGACACCGAUUGGCUUUCUGCGGAGUUCGUAGAGAUUCUCGAGGCUCUACUGUUAGAGUGCUUCCGGAUCUUGCUGGAGGAAGAGGACAGCCAUCACGGCGAAGUAAAGGAGCGGUUGGGAGAGGUACUUCGGAGCGAAGCCACUCGU